CUAGAGUGUAAGUCAUAUUACGUUGCGCCCCUCUUUUUGGUAUUUCUGAUUAUCAUAUGUAGAAUAGGUCUUCAACGUGUUGAAUAUACCAUUUAAAUCAAAAAGGUUACACAUCAAUAUUUAUUAGUAAACCGAGACUUUUUCUUUAUUUUUUUUUUUCUUUCUCGUAAGCUUUACAUGUAUGUCAAAUUAUGAGCCGUUGGAUUAUCUUCCACCCUCCUAUUCUGCUGUCAUGGCAGAGAAGGAAAUGGGUCAAUGGAAUAUGAAUAUACAUCAGUCCAUGUAUGAAGCACAAAAAAUGAUCAAAUUAGUUCAACUUCAAUGCGACGUCCUCCAGUGGAAGAACAGUUACUAUUUGAAGCAAUUAGAGGAAUUAACUGCACGUAGCACGGAAGAAUACGAUAUCAGUCAUAGACUUGUAGAAAUGAAUCAAUUAAUAGAGCAACUGACAAAAGAAGCAGAGGCAGCUUUAUACAUAAAGCCUCGUAAAAGAAUACAAAAGAAGAAGAAACAAAAGAAACGACCGUGUAUAUCAUCAUUAAAGUAUAUUGAAAAUCAACGUCAAAUAGAUACUUCUAUCAAUCAAAUUAUGCAAGCAAUUCAAGAUUUAGAAAAUGAUCACAGUUCGACAAUCACAGUCAUUCAUAACCAUCAUCACUAUCAUCACCACUAUUAUAGCUCACAUUUAUCUUCUUUUAUUCAAUAUGCACUUUAUACUCUAACUAAAAAACCAUCAUCAUCAUCAUCAUCAUCCGUACGUUAUCUCUCCAACUCCAUCAAAACAAAACUCAUGUUAUUUACUACCUUGUUGAUCUCUCAAACAUUCAAUUCCCAUUGCUCUCCUCGUUGGGCAAGAUAUGCACAUAACAUUUUGUCAAUUUGGAAGUGCAGAUCAGGAACGCAGUAUCAAUUUUGGCUAGACAGUGCUCAUUUGACCUUGUUUAUUACACGGAUUAUUUGUAAAUACAGACCAAGAAAGAAAGAAAGAAAAAACAGUCUAUGCAUGUGUAAAUAAAAUCUAAGUAAAUU